AUUUUUUUUAAAAAAAGCAAAGUCACAACAGCUGCUGUUUUCAACUGAGCUACUGCAUCAAUUCUUAAGCACAAAACUAAAGUUUGAUCACUUCCCUCCUUCGACUUUCGAUUAGACUUUACGCGACAACAAUAAUAAAGCCAUGGACACUGAAAAAUCAGAUGGAAACGGUGCAGAUAAUACCCAAUCGACAAAUGCUACUCUUGCAUCGGCCGAUCCUCAGUCGAAUGAACAACGUACCAGCGAAAAGCGAUCGGCAGAAACGAAUGCUGAUAACACACCACCAGAAAAGCAAAACAAAACAGAUUCACCAACAGCAACAGCACCAGCAGGAGCACCAACACAGCCAAGAGCAGAAGCUCGAAAACCACAAUAUGAAUUAAAGUAUUCACUUGUUGGUCAUCGUAUGUCUGUAUCCAGCGUCAAGUUUUCACCGGACGGAAAAUGGCUUGCUAGCUGCUCCGCGGAUAAGACGAUCAAGAUAUGGCAUGCACUGGAUGGAAAAUAUGAAGCAACGUUGGAGGGACACUCACAGGGUAUCUCUGAUGUGGCAUGGGCUUCCGAUUCUCAAAACCUUUGCUCUGCAUCAGACGAUAAAACCAUCCGAAUCUGGAGCUUAAGCACACGCGAAACGGUCAAAGUGCUCAAGGGUCAUUCAAAUUACGUUUUCUGUGUCAACUAUAAUCCGCAAUCUAACUUGAUUGUUUCUGGAUCAUUCGAUGAGAGUAUUAAAAUUUGGGACGUCAAGAAAGGCAAAUGUAUGAAGACUUUACCUGCUCAUUCAGAUCCUGUUUCUGCGGUACAUUUCAAUCGUGACGGCACUAUGAUUGUAUCAUGCAGCCAUGAUGGAUUGAUCCGCAUCUGGGACACAGCCAGCGGCCAAUGCUUGAAAACUUUAGUGGACGACGACAAUCCACCAGUAUCAUUUGUAAAAUUCUCACCGAACGGUAAAUACAUUUUGGCGUCGACGCUUGACAACACAUUACGGCUUUGGAACUAUCACACUGGCAAAUGUCUAAAGACAUAUCGCGGACAUGAAAACAACAAAUAUUGUAUCUUUGCCAGUUUCAGUGUAACGGGAGGCAAAUGGAUCGUCAGCGGAAGUGAAGAUCACAAUAUCUACAUAUGGAAUCUCCAGUCGAAGGAAAUUGUACAGAAACUAGAAGGCCACUCAGAUGUUGUGCUAUGCAUAGCAUGUCACCCAACAAUGAACAUCAUUGCGUCCGGGUCGAUCGACAAGGAUAAAUCCGUCAAGCUGUGGUUUGACAAGUCUCAGCCUUCAGCAUAACAGAGCCAUGUGGGCUUUUUCACAAUCUAUCUCUCUUUCACUCAAACACGCACACGCACACCAACACACACAUAGUCACACACACACAAAUUCCUACGUCUCCUACACUACUUAUGCCUUUAGCUCUAUAUCAUCCAUCAUUGAAAUUUGAUUACAAAAAAGAAAAAAGAUAAAAAG